AUGAGCUCAUCUCCUGCCGGCGAUAUCGAGAAAGGGGAGAAGGGGUCGGUUCAUGUUUCACCCGAUGUUCAAAUCGGUGAAAGCGAAUCGUUGAAUACUCAAACUCGAGAACAUGGAGCGCUGAAGACUGCAGCGAGUUUCUUUCUCUCCUCCGGGGUGGAACUGCGUGGAGUAGAACCUGUUCCACCAGAGUUACGUACAGAUUCGGCAUUCAACAAAAUCUUCACUAUCUGGUGCACCAGUCUACUGUGUCCACUACCACUCGUCACUGGCAUGGUGGGCACAUUAUCUUACGGCAUGUGCCUACGAGAUACCAGCCUUCUAAUACUUUUCUUCUCACUCUUGAUGUGCAUUCCACCAGCGUACAUCUUGACAAUUUCACCGCAGACUGGAAUGCGUCAGAUGAUUCAAUCCCGGUAUAGUUUCGGCAUGUACCCAAACAUCCUAGUCGCCUUACUCAACAUGAUGACCCUAUGUGGCUAUAACAUCAUCUGCCUGGUGACUGCCGGCCAGACUCUCGCCGCGAUUUCUGGAGACACAAUCAGCCAGACAGUUGGGAUUGUCGUCAUUGCCGUUCUUUCUAUGCUUCCCGCCCUUGGAGGAUUUCAUGUCAUUCAUCAGUACGAACGAUGGGCCUGGAUUCCCGCGUUCAUUGCCAUUGUCAUCGCCGUCGGUUCUGGCGGAUCGAAACUAAAAGAGCAAGUUCCGGCGACCUCUUCUGAUGCACCCACUAUCAUCACCUUUAUUAGUCUAAUUGCUGGCUACAUGUUGCCCUACAGUACCACUGUUGGGGAUACAGCGGUAUACCUGGGGCCAAACGCUCCCAAGUGGCGUAUUUUUUUCUACUGCUGGAUGGGCAUAUGUCUGCCUUCCAUUAUACUGAUGAUCGUUGGUGCAGCUAUCGGUGGUGCUGUACCGAACAUACCAAGCUGGUCGGACGCCAACGACCGCGACUCCGUGGGAGGAAUUUUGGUCGCCAUGCUGCAGCCACUUGGUGGAUUUGGCAAAUUCAUCGCAGUCAUGAUCUCUCUCAGUGUCAUUGCGCAGAUCGCACCAGGGUUCUACUCCGUCUCGCUCAACUUUCAGUUGAUUUGGCCAAAAUUCGCAAUGGUUCCUCGCAUUUUCUUUGUGAUUGUUGUCACUGCUGUGGACCUCGGAGUGGGCAUCAAAGCCGCUGAAUCGUUCUUUAACUCGCUGCAAGAUUUCUUGGGUAUAAUUGGCUACUGGAGUGCCGCAUUUACUGGCAUUUUAUUGACAGAAUGGUUUGUCUUUCGAAAAGCAAAAGCAGCAUCUUUCGAUCCCAGGGUUUGGAAUAGCGUUGGAGAGUUGCCACCAGGUCUAGCGGCUCUCACUUCCUUUGUACUCCCUUUUGCACUUGUGGUGCCGUCGAUGGAUCAAGUCUGCGAUCCUUUCUUCUCGGCCUAUUUCCUUCCUACCAGCUCUUUCAAUAGUACAGAGAUCGACAUGCCAACGGAACUUGUGGAAUCACAUCCAUUUUACCAUGAUUCUAAAGCAGCCGGCUAUCACCAACGUAUUGGCUGGGGCGCAAAACCUGCCUUGGUUCUUAUCGAUGUUUGUCGUGCUUAUUGGUCGGAGCGAUCGCCCCUCUCUCUACUAUCCAACCCUUCCGGCGCAUCUUCUCCAGAUAGCAUGAUCCGACUACUGGCGGCUGCACGCCAAGGUGACAUCCCAGUGAUAUGGUGUCAAGUUCGUUAUAACCACCCAAGUAUGUUAGACGGCGUUAUACUAUAUAAGAAGUCUCCGGGAAUAUCAAUAUGGCAGGAUGGUGACACACGUGGAAUGGACGCAUGGAUGCCUGGCCUGGUUCCGGACUGGGAAAAUGAGACUGUUGUGGUGAAGAAGAACCCCAGCGGCUUCCUAGCAACAAAUAUGAUCGGCCAGCUGAAUGGUCUGGGAGUGGACACGAUUGUGCUCUGUGGUGUUAGUACGAGUGGCUGUGUGAGGGCUACGGCAGUCGAUGCAUGUGGGCACGGCUUCCGGUGUAUGGUGGUUGAAGAGGCCUGCGGGGAUAGAAGCGUUGAAAUUCAGAAAGCGACUCUAUUUGAUCUAGAUGCAAGAUUUGCAGAUGUCAUCAAUGAGCCUGAAGCUAUCGCUCGGAUGAGAAUGGGAUGGCGAUGA